CUGACGUACGAUGAUGGCGGCGUUAGCCGCCGCUGCCGUCGCGGUUAUUCUGCACUCUUUGUGUUUGCUGCCGUCGGCUGGUGGCGGGACCGGGAGCUCCGGACGGCCAGAGACAGGGGAAAGAAACCUAAGGACGGCAGUUCCUAUUUGUAUCUGUGACCUGACCCCAGGAAUGUGCGAGCUGAACUGCUGCUGCGAUCGUGACUGCUCCACCACUGAUGUCCGUGCUUUCUCAUCCUGCCUGCCGGGCAGUGAACCGGUCAUUAGCCGGGUUUGCAUCAAGGACUCUGUUGUCUUCAUCAGCAAUAAUCCUCUCCCAACAGUUCUCGACCGGAACGGUUUGGACGUUCUCUUCUGUGUGAUCGUCAACAAUCCGGAAACAAAUUACUUUGUCGCGCCAUGGUCCGUCACCCGGGAGAGGUUCCCGCUGCUGGCUUCACAGUACGGUGAAAGCUCCUUCAUCAUCCCUUCACAGCUAUCAGUGUUCGAUGGCAAGUACACGAGCCCGAAUGAGUCUGCGAACUUCUAUAAGGUUGGUCAACGGAUUCUCACCUACUUCCCACACGCCCAUGCCCUAGGCGUCUUCGUGCAGCCGACGGCGCUGGUUGGAGGGCAGUGCACGGACAGGAACCCAGCAGGUUUUCUGCAGAGUCGCAACUCCACGUGUUCCCGCAACCUCCAGGACUUGCGCACAUCUUGCAACGGGCUCCGUGCAUUGAAUGCAGCUGAAUAUUACAAGUACUUUGUCCUUCUCCAGACUCCGAAUACCACAGUCAUGAGAGAGGUGAGGAUUCAACCUCAAGGUGGGCGGGUUGUGCCCUCCCCAACUCUUCUGAAUGACCUGUGCAUCAACGUCAUCUCAGAGGUGACCUACAUGAUAAGAAGUCGAGGCCGAGAAGGGAUCGUUGAGGCAAACGUCAGCUUCACCUUCACGAACGUAUCAUUGACGGCCACCAGUAUUCAGCAAACCUAUCGCGUCUUCUUUGUAAUGGAUUCGGGGAACAGCACAGUGAAGAGACGGAGCGGGAAUCCCGGUUACCUGAUUGGGAAGCCCAUUCUGGCCUUCAGAGGGGAGGACCCUGCCAGCCUGAGUAUCCUGCGCAGCGAGAUGGAUGGAUCUUGCUCCCCAACCCUAAGGACAGCAGUGGUCUUCCGGCACAACAUGAGGGCUGGCUGCUGGUACAGUUUUGACCCCCGAAAUACGUGCCGUCAACGCCAGGAAGCCAUUAACCUCAUCCUCCUGGGAGCUAAUCCCCCCGAUUCCCUCGGCAUCCUGGGUAACGCCAGUGGCAGUGAACUCCAGGGUCUGACUCGGAUUAUCAAUGGCAUUCCUGAGACAGCGAAUAUCAUGUGUGAGGUCAGCUGCACCCUUGCUGUAUCGCUGGACAUCCAGAUCCUGUGGGCAAAAUUGGGUCCGCUCUCCAAUCCUCAGUCCGCCGUGCUGGGUGCUCGCUUCCAGUACCACACCCAGGAGGUUCAGUGUUCAAGCACCAAAGUCUCCCUGAGAUCCUCUGUCAUCUUUGUGGAGACCACUCGCUACCCGCCGUCACCCAGGGGCCAGCCGUCCCUGGACUGGAAGCUGCCUAUUGACUUCUUCUACCCAUUUCGAGUCUCGCGGGCUGGAAUUGCCGAGCCAGUGGGUGGGUCACUGGGUCCCGUCUAUGCUGUGGCCGUAGUGCUUUUCCUGAGUUGGCGGUGAGGACUGGACAAUCUGAUUGUGGCAGGAUUGACAGAUGGGAGUGGGUGGUGUCACUGGGUGGGCAGCUUUUGCUGAAUGCAGGAGGGCUGGCGCAUGGCAUAGCUCUUCCUGGUCUUUGCACAGGGGCAGGACAUGCAAAUUACACAUGGUGCUGGAUAGGGAUGAUUGCACACUUCACAGGGUCCUGGGCUGGGACAGGAAUGUGGAUCAUGCAAGUUCCUGGACUGGGACACAGUGGAUGUGAAUUACACAGGGUGUGCGCAUUACUCAGGGUCCCAAGGUGGGUCAGGGUGUGGACUACACAGAGUCAUGGCUGGGACAGAAGUUGUAGUUACACUGAGGUCUGAUCUUGGACAGCGGGUGGCAUGCGUUAUUCCAGGUCCUGGUCUUACACUGGGUGUUGGGCUAAGCGAGAGGGUGUAGUUACAGACCGUCCAAGACAGGUAAAUAGAUCCCACAGCAGAGCGAAUGGGACCCACUUAGACCAAGGAGUUCUCGUCCAUUUAAAGCCCCCGCCAUGAAGAAUGACAUUGGGGAAAUGUAUCAGGGCAGGAUGCAGGAGGUGUAUGAAUCCCUCCCUACUGCCCCUGGCCCGCAAAUGUGUGCUGCCUCUAUAUCAGGUAGGAGAGGUUCUGAACCAAACCAGAGGCAUCAACACAAACAUGUGGAGUGGGAGCCAUCGACCCAGAGCCUGCUUAUUUGAGUGCUGGGGCCACAGGUGUUGAGGUUCAUCCCUUGCUUCUGAGCAUGAAGUGCCUUGUCCCAGCCCCUGCCACCAUUCCUGAGCAGGACCGAAACGGGACCUUCUUGAACACAAUGUUGUUCCGAACCAAUUAGAUUAUAAAUCAAUGUCCAGCAAACCUAAUUCCUUCUACCUACAUAAUGUCCAUAGUCAUUCCUUUCUUGCAGAUUUGCGUGCCUAUCUCAGAUCCACCUAAGUGCCUGUAUUGUAUUUACCACCACAACCGUAGCUCUACCAGAACUCUAUGUAUACAAAAGCUUACCCCACACAUCUCCUUUGAAAUCACUCCCUUUCACCUUAAAGGCAUGGCCUCUGGUAUUAGACAGUUCAAUCCUGAUAAAGGAUACUGAGUGUCCAUUCUAUCUUUGGCCCUCUUAAUUUUCUAAACCUCUAUGCGGUCUCCUCUCAGCCUCUGUUCCACAGAAGACAAUACAAGUUUGUUCAACCUUGACACAUAAGUUAAUAAGCUGCUUAAGAAGGCGCAUGGUGUGCUGGUUUUCAUUAAACCAUAAAAUAUAAGAACAGAAUUAGACCAUUUAGCCCAUCGAGUCUGCUCUGCCAUUCUAUCAUGGCUGAUCCCCUUUCCUCUCUCAGCCCCAUUCUCCUGACUUCGCUCUGUAUCCCUUCAUGCCAUGACUAAUCAAGAAUCUAUCAACCUCUGCCUGAAGUAUAUCCAGUGAUUUGGCCUCCACUGUUGCCCGUGGGAAUGAAUUCCACAGUUUCACCACUCUCUGGCUAAAGAUAUUCCUCCUCAGCUCUGAUCUAAAAGGAUGUCCCUCUAAUGAGGCUCUGUCCUCUGGUCUUAAACUCCUCCACAAUGGGAAACAUUCUCUUCACAUCCACUGUAUCAAGGCCUUUCAACAUUCAAUAGGUUGCAAUGAGGGCACCCCUCAUUCUUCUGAAUUUCAGUCAGUGGCGGCCCAGAACCAUCAAACGCUCCUCAUAUGUUCAACCUCUCAACUCUGCAGUUAUUUUUAUGAACCUCCUUUGAACCAUUUCCAAUGUCAGCACAUCUUUUCUUAGAGAAGGGGCCCAAAACUGCUCUCAGUACUCCCAAGUGCAGCCUCACCAGUGCUUUGUAAAGCCUCAUCAUUGCAUCCUUGCAUUAGCCGGGGGAUUAUGUUCGGAAGAAGUAAUGUUGCAGCUGUAUAGACUGCGCUUGGAGUAUUGUGUUCAGUGCUGGUCACCUCAUUAUCGGAAGGAUGGGGAAGCUUUAGAGAAGGUGCAGAGGAGAUUUACCAGGACGCUGCCUGUAUUGGUGAAUAUGUCUUUUGAGGAAAGGUUUAGCAGGGUAGGGCUUUUCGUUUUGGAGUGGAGGAAGAUGAGAGAUGACCUAGCAGACUUUGAGAAGCAUAGAUGGAGUGGACAGCCAGCAUCAUUUUCCCAGGGUGACGAUGGCUAUUUGUUUAAAAUGAUUUGAGGAAAAGUUAGGGAAGGUGUCACGGGUAGGUGUUUUACAUAGAGAGUGGUGGGUGCCUGGAAUGCACUGCUGGAGAUAGUGGCAGAGGCUGAUAUAGUAGGGACAUUAAAGACUCAGAUGGGCACAUGAACGUAAGAAUAUUGGAAGGUAUUAGGUGGAUCAAAAUCAUGGGCUGAAGAACUUGUACUCUGCUGUAUUGUGUUGUUCUUAACGUUUUAUAUCACAAGCUCUUUAAUCCAGGCAGCAUUCUGGUAAACCUCUUCUGCACCCUGUCUAAAUUCUACAUAUCUUUCCCAUAAUGGGAUGACCAGAACUGAAUGCAAUCCUCCAGAAGCACCCUAACAACUACAAUGUGUCUUCCUGACUCUUGAACUUAAUUGUUACCUGUUGACUUGAGGUUAGUGGGAAUGUACAGAGUGCUCACGGGUUUUUAAUACUUGUUUGUAUUUGGAUCUUUAUAAAUAAAAUUCAUAUAUUUUAUUUUCAA